AACAAAACCCAAAUAGCAUGUUUUGUUUUUCAAAGCUGCCAUUGCACAUUACGGUGGUUUGGUUGCCAAUGAUGGUUCUGCUAUAUGGUUGUAAUUGUUUGUACUUGCUACACAGUAGUGCAGUGUGUUUCCACUUGAUGGGUGGAAGGGCACCAAGAGUCUGGCUUCAAAGGAUAGGACUAUACAUGUGUGACAGUGGCAGAUUUCUCCUAACAGGCACGUUUCUAUGCAAUUUUGUCUAAGAGGCACAUUUUUGCAAAGCAACUCCCCUAAUAUAAUAGAUAGUAAAAAUGUUAUUUGCAUAUACGUGUGUGUGUGCACUCUCUCACACACAAUUUACACUAGUACAUGAAUUUGGAAACUGCAGUGCAAAAUUCAGAGAAGUGGGGAUUUCAAAGUACGGCUGUGUUUUGGUUCACAUUAUGUUUUGAGAAGUGUGAGUUGGGUAGGUUUGCCUUUAAAUGCACACUGAAUUGACUUUCUCCCCUAUUCCUAAGUUGAGAUUCUGUCUAGGGACUCUAGAGGUGAGUUGUGUAUGUGGCAAUUGGGUUUUUCAGGUUAGUUUUUUUGUCUGCCUGCCUGCCUGCCUGCCUACCUGUUUUUUUCUGAGCAGCCUCUGGCUAGAUGGUCUGCUUUGGUUUACAGCCGCUGCCUGUGUUCUCCUGCCCCUGGGGGAGUUUCAUAGGGAGUUCUCUGCUAUGGCACCCCAUCUUGCAUCAUUGCCCCAGUGAUGCUGAGGAGCAUCAUAGCCCACCCAUUUGAGGCUUCAGUUUGAGUGUUCAGGGCUGGCACUGCCAUUAGGCAGAGGUGGUGGGAAGCAGCUUCAAGGUGUUUAAGGACAGCGUUGUGUGUGCCACAUAACAUGUCCCAUAUCCCUCAAGGCAGUGGUUCUCAAAGGGUGUGGCAUGCCACACUGGCAUGGCAAGAGAGGAUGGUAAGCGUGGCAGGAAGAUUCAAGGACCAUUAAGGAAACAUUUAAAUAUUUCAUUUGUGUUGAUGAGGAGUUGCGAGUUUCUUUGUCUCAAUUUUGAAAUGAGAUUACCCAGCAAAAACAAGCUCACACUUCUCAUUAAGUUGGUAUAAAUACUGAAGGUACACAUGCAAGAGACUCGUUUCUAAUUAUAUUUUGGGAAUGAUUUGUGUUCUUGUAGCUGCAUUGUUUUAUACUUUCUGGGUGUCCCAAGUUCGUAGUUGUUCGUAGUUCGUAGUCCCAUGUAACGUAGUUGUGUCCUAUGUUAUAAAUCAAGCACUGCUAGAAGUUGUCCCCCCCCCCAUUGUAUUUCCUAUUUUUUUAAAAUAUCAGUGUGGUUCAAGCAAUUUUUUUUAUUCUGAAAGUGUGUCCCAGAGAAAAAAGUUUGAGAACCACUGCCCUAAGCUAACCUACUGUUUUCAGCUGUGGGGGAGGAUGCUAAGCCAUUACCAAAUGUAACCAAAGAGAAUCUAGAGACUGAACGAAGUUUACCACACAGGGAUCUACUGCUGGGGAGAAGAAUGAAAGCAGAUUUUAGACAUAAUUCCUGGAACUGUAGCAAAGGAAAAAUAUUCUGGACAAUAAUGUUGAAAACAGCACAGGGAAUUACAGGAUAUGCUUUUACCCGAAAAUCCUUUAAAAAUGCUUCUUGGAAUGUUCCAGUUUGCAGUUAAAUAUGUUGAUCUUCAACCAAUACAAACUCUGCUGGUGACAGCAAAACUUUGUAUUUGCCCAAUUUUGGAAAUGUAAAAAAAUACUCCAACAAUUACACAAUUGCUAAAGAAAACCUGGGAAACAGCCUUGCAGAGAAAGCAAUCAUAUAAUAGAAAAACAACAACAGAAUAAUUACCAAAGCAAGUGUCUUGACCAAUGUUUAUACAUUUCUGGAAAGACAAUGUGGCAGAUAAUAACCUCCUUAUUUACAUUAAUGUAAUUAUCUAUCUGCGCUCUCCCUUCUCUUCGUAAUGCUUUUUUUCCUAUUCACAUUUUCUCUUCACUUUAUUACUGCAUAUCUAUCGUAAAAUUAAUAAAAAAUAUUAAUUUGAAAAGUCAUAGAGAAUACUGAGAACUGCAGUUUGUUAAGGGCUCAGUGAAUUGAAUCUCUGCGAGGCCAGCACUGUUAACCAACUACAGUUCUCCGGAUUCUUCGGGGAAGCUGUAACUGUUAAGAAGAGUGCUUUAAAUGUAUGACAUGGAUGCAACCCUAGUCCAGCUAGCUAAGCACAACUGGCUCUCUUAUAAGUUUCCAUGAUAGUCCAACAUCCUAUUUCAUUGCCAGAAGCUUUAUUAUCUUUCCCUCCCUGUAAUACGGGUGAGAGACCUGAUACUAAGCAAGUUGAGCAACUCCUAAUCUUUCUCCUGCCAGCUGUCAUCAUAUCAGGCACUGUUGCUGGCAGAAGUGCUGUGCGUUCAGGGUUUUUUCCUGAUAUGACGUGAUAGAAAUUCACAAAAUUAUGCAAAGCAUGAAGAAACUUUUUCUCCUUCCCUCGUAACACCAGAGCUCAGAGGUAUCCAAGGAAGGGGGAUGUUGGAAGAUUUGGGACAGACAAAAGGAAGUACUUCUUCACACAGUGCAUAAUUAAACUAUGGAACUCACUUCCCCAGGAGGCAGUGAUGGCUAUCCAUUUGGAUGCUAAUGGAAGAGGAUUAGGGUAAUUCAUGGAGGGCAAAGAUUUCAGUGACUGCUAGCUAGGAUGGCCCUGCUAUACCUCCACUAUUAAGGCGUUAUGCCUCUGAAUACCAGUUGCCGGGAACUACAGGUGGGCAGAGGGCUGUUGUGCUCAGGCUCUGCAUUCAGGCUUCCCACAUGCAUCUGCUCAGCCACUGUGACAGCAGGAGGCUGAACUAGAUGGGCCACUGGCCUGAUCUAGCAGACUUGUCCUAUGUUCUAAAAUUACUUGGCCAUUUAUUGUUGCAGUUUGGCGGGAUUAAGACUGUCAGGCAAUCUAAAAUGGGGUGGAUUGUUGUUGUUUUCUCUGUGUUAUGGGUUUCUGCUGGGGAAGGGAGAGCUGGCAAUCAUAGAUAAUGACGCAGAGAGAUAAGUUCCAGUGCAGGGCAAAGUUGGCAACAACUGCCGAGAAAUCACAGAGAGUGAGGAUAUUCGGUCCUGUCCAAAUUGUUCUGAAACUACAGACAAUGGAUCUGCUGCAACUUGGGUCAUCAGACAUCUGCAAUGACUACACUUAAUGUACCGUGGCCAGCCAACAAAACACAGAGCAUCAUCUGUGUUUGGAAGCCAUUGCCUGAGGAAACUCCACAAGCUUGACAGCUUGGUGGUGCUCUUUAUUCAAGGUGCCACGUGAACGUUGCCAUUCGGUAAACAUGCUUGCGGGUCCAAAAAGGGAUCCGUGGAAGAUGCUGCUGCUCCUGCUGCUUGCUGACAUUUUGGGAUCCAGAGCUGAGGCAGACUUAAGAAAGAAAGCUCAUGAUCUAAUGAAGCAAGUCCCGUUAAUCGAUGGACACAAUGACCUGCCCCUGAAGCUGAGAUGGUUCUACCGGAACAAGCUGAGCAAGACUGACUUGAGAACACUCAACAAAACAGACACAAACAUCCGGAAGCUCCAAACUGGCCAUGUUGGUGCUCAGUUUUGGUCAGUGUAUGUUCUCUGCAGUGCACAGAACAAAGAUGCUGUCCGCUUGACGUUGGAACAGAUCGAUGUUGUCAAGCGGAUGUGCAAAGACUAUGAAGAAUUUGAGCUGGUGACGUCUUCUCAAGGCAUUGCCAGCACUGACAGCAAAAAGAUAGCAUGCUUGAUUGGCAUCGAAGGGGGACACUCCAUUGACAGCAGCCUUGCGACCCUGAGGAUGUUUUAUGAGCUGGGUGUUCGGUACAUGACGCUGACCCAUAACUGCAACACUCCCUGGGCAGAAACCUCAGCAAAGCAAGAACAUGACUUUUAUCCCGGCACUGAGGGCCUGAGCACUUUCGGCAAAGAAGUGGUGAAGGAGAUGAAUCGACUGGGGAUGAUGGUGGACUUAUCUCACACGUCUGACGCAACAGCAAGGGAAGCUCUUAGUAUCUCCAAAGCACCGGUCAUUUUCAGCCAUUCAUCCGCCUUCUCAAUCUGCAACCAUCCAAGAAAUGUUCCAGAUGAUAUCCUGCAGGAUCUGAAAAGGAAUCGUGGGAUUGUGAUGGUGACGUUCCCUACCAAAUUCUUGGCCUGUGGUAGCCAAGCGGUGAGCAUUUCAACUGUUGCAGAUCACUUUGACCACAUAAAGAAAAUUGCAGGUUCACAUUCAAUAGGAAUUGGCGGUGACUAUGAUGGAUUAGUUCGAUUCCCUGCAGGACUAGAAGAUGUCUCUAAAUAUCCAGCCUUGAUCGAGGAGCUGUUGAGGAGAGGCUGGAGUGAGGAAGAGCUGAAGGGUGUUUUGAGAGAGAACUUCCUUCGUGUUUUCCGGGAGGUGGAAAAAGUGCGUAAUGAGAGCUUGUCAGAGGGCGUGAGCGAAGUGGAAAUUCCUCCUGAAAAAGUCGACCAUUCCUGUCGCACAAAACUAAAGCCCCCAUCUAAGACAGCGACCAAUUCCCGUGGACUGCACUGGGGAGGGCAGCAGCCGUACAGCCUCAUACUCACAAUUGCGGUGUAUGCAAUGCUAAAUUGAGAUCAUCAUCUCAGGCAGUGGUGCAACAACUCUGCAUGCCUGGCUGGAAGAUACAAUGUGAAGUGUGACGCAUGUAGAUGCUGCUGUGGGGGGCCCCCACUGUGCCUUCUUCAUUUCCGUGAAUGAAGAGUAGAGGCUGUCUCUGGACACGAAGGGCAGUCAGGUGAAAUACAAGGACAAGACUCCUUUGCCUUAAAUACUCGUGCCAAAUACCAGGUUUCAGCAAAUGCCACCUCCAAAUGCAGCAGGUGUUAAGUUUGGGGCAGGGAACCAGAUGCUGUGGGACGCCAGCUCCCAUCCUCACUGACCCUUGCCUGCAUUGGCUGGGGCUGAUGGGAGCUGAGAGCCCCACAUCACCUGGAGGGUCACUGCUAGCAAUGUGGGAGACAUUCAGUGCAGUUCAUGUUUAUAGGCAAACCAGCCUAACGCACUUUCCAAAACAAUAUGCAAUUCAAAACACAGGCAUCCUUAACUAUCCAUAAUUUUGCACUAAACCACUGUUAGAUUUUCACAAGGACUUUAUUUUUCUUUUCAGAUAAAACCACAAACUGGUUUAGAAAUAUGGAGAACUGAAGAGUGGAGGGAUGAGAAACUUGGGGCAGAUUGACCACACCAUAUACAUCUAGAGCACACCCCGUAUACAUUUAAAGCACAUGGCUUCCCCCAAAUACACCUGGGGACUAUAGUUUAUUAAAUGUAGUUUUCUGAGAGGAAAUGACAAUUCCCAGGGUUCUUUGGGGAAAGCCAUGCACUUUAAAUGUAUGUGGUUGCCUGUUUGAUAGCCAUACCGCAGGGUUGCCAUACAUCUGGAAUUUCCUGGACAUAGCCAGCAAUCGGCCCUUGGAAACAGUGUCUGGGCAGAAAUUGCUUAAAUGUCCGGGAAAAUCUGGACGUAUGGCAAGCUCAACAACUUCUGUUCAGAUUUUCACUUUUUGAAAUAUGGCAACGCUACCAUACCGAAAUAUAGGAAUUCCUUCCAUAUGGAGGUUUGUCCAUCCCUACAUUGAUGACUUUUCACCGCUAUUUCAGGGCUUUCCUCUUCUGACAGGCUUUUGACCUCUGAGAUUAAUUAUCUCUCUCUUUCUCUUUCUAGUGGUAUGCUGUUUUUUGUUUUGUUCUGUUUUUUUUACUUUUAGCUUGUUUUCUUAGCUGUUUGCUGUCUCAAGCAUGCUGAGUGAAAAGAAAUGAUGUUGUUUAUUAAAGGCAGUAAAUCGUUAAAUAAAUCCAAAACCAGAUCAAUAUCCAGCAGUUUCAGAUUCAGCAAUUUAAGAGGAUCACCAAAACAAAUGAGGGACAGCUGCUGAGGGAGAGGAGAGUUAGAUUCAUGGAUCCUAUAACAUGCUGAAAAAUUGUUGGAAAAUAUCACAUGCGAUGUAAUAGUUGUGAAGAGUUUUGCUGUACAAUAUAUAUAUUUAAAAUCAGUAUAAUGAGCAAUUCUGUGACUGCUUGCUGUUGGAUUCGCUAGAGCAGUUUGAAAGCUAAAGCCCCAGUCAAUUAUUAUGAUUAACUUCAGUUGAAUCAGAACCUUUGGUUCCAGGACCUCUGACCCUCCAGGGGUUGCUGGACUACAGAUCCCAUUAUCUUUGUCCAUUGGCCAUGUUGGCUGGGGCUGAUGGGAGCUGGAGUCCAACAUCAUCUGGAAGGAUGAUCAUUCCCCACCCCAGUUAGUCUCAUGGACAAAACUUGGCACUUUCACAUUUUCUUCUGCAAGUUCCAAACAUCUCAGAUGCCUACUCCACAGUAACUCAGAGCAGGGCUUUCAGUGUGGCUGCCCCUGUUCUGUGAAAUAGCAUUCCUGUCAAAAUAUGACAGGAGCCUACCUUCUUCACGUUCUGGAAACAGAAAGAUAUUUUUCUUCUAACAGGCUUUUUCCCAACUGCAUAAAUGGAUCUUUACCAUUAGUGACUGUUUCGAAGGGUUUUCGUUAUGUUUUAAACCAGGCAUCCCCAAACUGCGGCCCUCCAGAUGUUUUGGCCUACAACUCCCAUGAUCCCUAGCUAACAGGACCAGUGGUCAGGGAAGAUGGGAAUUGUAGUCCAAAACAUCUGGAGGGCCGAAGUUUGGGGAUGCCUGUUUUAAACAUAUGUUUUUGUGUUUUCAAAUGCUGUGAUGAUUGUAUAGAAGGCAAUAAAUAAAUUAAUAAUAAUUAUUUAUUUUUGUUAUUAAAAACAACCACGUGCAUGUUGGUAUGAAACACAGGGCUUAACUUCUCUGUACCACAUUGCUUUUUUUAAUAAAAAAAACACUUGGCUGAAAAUUUUAGAAAGGCAGUAACAUGUAAACGAUCAAAUGUCUGACUUGGGUCCAGUAGUUUUGUUUUAAUUUAAGGGUGGGGAAGCUCUGGCCAAGAGCCGAAUCUGUCCAGCCCUUUUCCCCAGGCUUCAAACCACACUGGUCCUGCUGUGUCUCCUCUUAAGUAACCUGACCUCACUGGCGGAUGGUUCCACUCAGGUUCUUGAGUGACGACUGUGAGUACCACCCCCUCUGGUUACUUCUACGUGACACACACACACACACCCAAAAAAGAUACAGAGGAGACAAGGUGUGCACACCCACGUUUCUGAGGGAAUAGUAUGAAAAAGUUGGAUCUGUUAAUCUAAGCCACAAAGAGCUGAAACAGCAGUUCCUAAGGACUUAAAGAGAUUCCUGUUGUUUGGUGUCCAAACAACUCGCUCAUCCAUCAUAGGUCUGACUUCACUCACUGGUUAACAUCUCUAAGGGGCGGGAGCAGCCAAGGUGGGUCAUCUCACAGGUAUGACUUAGAGGGGUACCUGCCAUAGCUGCCAAGUUAUCCCUUUUUUUAAGGGAUUUUCCCUUAUGCUGAAUAGGCUUCCUCGCGAGAAAAGGGAAAACUUGGCAGCUAUGGUACCUGCACAAUUUGCUGCUUAACUUUCUUUCUAGGAGGACUAGAUACUUCUUUUAAAAACAACAACAAACAAACAGAAAGCUUUAAGUCUGUGGAUCCUUGCAGCCAUGUGCAAUUGCCCCAAGCGCACCUGUAUAAUCUGAUCAUGAACAAAUUUCAGACACACUCGGGAAAGACCAGGAAAUAGGUUAGACUUGGUUGGCAGGAACAGAAGUGGCAAAUAUUGCCCACCAUCUGGAAUAUUUUAAGGGACAGAGGGAGGAAGUGUGCCAGCCAGACCAGUACACUUAGCUGCCCAAAGCGAAUCUCAGGUGACAAUCUCCCCUUUCAGAGAAAGGAAGCCCAGCUCAUCAUUGGAGCAACAGAAGAAUGUGAGCUUGGCUUUGAAGUCUGCCUUGACCCUCAUUUGUUGGGCUGCAGAGCCCUCUUGUGUCUUUAUGCAGUCCCUGCAAGCGCCUCACUCUCUUCCCCCCCCCCAAUUUCACCCAACCCCUUUUUUUGUUUUAGAGGCUUUUUAGUUUAGUGUAGGCCAGAGGUUCAGCACCAGUCAGAUACCUCCAGGGGGACACUAGCCAUCUGUAGAAGAAGGGAAAUGCCGAAUCAGAUACCUUUUUUUUAAUAUGAAAAACAAAUAAUGGGUAAAAAAAAAGAGUACAGAAGUUGAGUAAGGGCAUGAAAGGAAGACUUGCUUCCACCCUGGCCUGAGUGAGCCCCAGCUUCCCAGCCCCAAUCUCUUGCCCCUGAGGACCUAAGUGGACCCUGCGGCCUAGCAGGCAGAGGUCAAAGGACAACACCAAGAUCGAGGGCAGGAAGUGCCUCCUGAAUAACCCUGGCACCGGAGAGGCACAUAUCAUGAUUUGCCUUCCAAGUAUCAAACAUGAUAGCUUCUGUGAGGCUCUCUUAUGGGUUGCUUUGAGAGCCUCUUGCAGCUAUCAAGUGGGAUGUAAGAAUCCCAAAGAAAGAAAUACAGGUGAGCUGCUAACGUUUAGUUUGGGGAGCCUUGAUGCGUAUGCCAUCAGUGACUUGAUGCUGCUGGCAGUCCUGAUCUGUUGCAGCUUCACUAUUGCUGCCUGCGUAACACCUCAAACCCACAGGAGGAUACAACACCUCAGAAUCAGGGGGGCUGGCCUUGACCAAAGAGGCAGACCACUGCCCUCUACCAGGGAGUGCCACUAACUGUGUGUGUGAGAGAGUCCUUGCUUUCUGUCCUCGUCUGUCUUGCCAGGUGAUGCAGACCCAAAUCUAAGGUCUGCAUCACAGGGUCCCCUCUGACUACUCUGUCAGGGGGACCUUUGCAGUGCUGACCUCUUGUCUGUCACCAGAAAUGUGGGGUGCUGCUAUUCCCUGUAUUCCCAAGAGAGGAAGGGCCCAAAGGGUGGGUGGUUCUCCUGGCAAAACACCUGCCAGGUGGUGGCUUCUUCCUGCAUGGAUCUCUUUAGAGGAAACAAACCCUGAGCAACACACUGUAUCCGUUGUGUGUGUGAAGCCCCUUUCAUUGCUAUGACAUUCACACACACGCCAAAGAAGAAAAAGGAGUCAUGUGCAGCAUGUAAAGGCAUCCCCAGUAUCAUUUUUUAUAUACCCUGGCCCUCUAUAGAGAGCUGGAAGGCCCAUAACAGUGCAUAUAUGAAAAUUCUGAAUAUAAACUGAAGUCAUCUUGUUAACUGUGCAAUAAAGCCACUGGCGCUGCAAUGUGACUUGCCCCAAAGCUAAUUGAAACAGACAAUAAGGAAAAUGUGGGAGAACAAUUGCUUACCGUGACACCAUACAGCCUCAGCAAAGGAGAAUGCGUGCUCAGUAAAUAACCAACAUCAUUGGGCUACAAACUUUGUGCAAGCAAAUGAAUUAUCAAUAAACAGAUUGUUUAGAACUAGAAGUAACACAUGCACACACAUCCCACUGCCAAAUCCCUUUUUCCUAACAUACACCCAAAUUCUGUGCUUUCCACAGCUGCCGACUGGUUAAGCAUGAGGUGCAACACUUUGGAAAUAUUGCUCCACAUCUGAGGCCAGAGCUUUACAUGGGUGCUCUGGGAUUGGCCCUUGACGUCAGCUGACUAGAGAUUCUGACAGGCUGGCAUCACAGCCUAGCUGGUGCCCUUGAAGCCCAAAGCUGAGGCUUGCCAGAGAAACAGAGCAAUCCAUCUUUGGUUAUUGUAGAGGCUGGCUUUCUCCCCAGGGGCUACCAAAUGGUCCAGAUUUUGCUAAUCUCAAGUAGCUGGAUACUUGUGCAGAGCUCCACACAAGUGCAAGCAACAGGGCAAACACUUCUGAAAGCCAAGAGGUUUUGUUUCAUAAGAGCUAAUAACAGGAGAGCCAUUUUGCUCCUGUGCAAACUUUGCCACCAGUCUUUUGCAUCUGGAAAUAGAGGGUGGAGCCAGGUGGCUUUUGUGUUGCUGUCGUCUGUGGAAUUGAAUCUCUUAUUUUGGAAAGUGUUUGUCCUUUUGCUUAGAUUAUCUGGAGCUCAACAGUGUCUUCAGCUUCUGGAAUGUAAAUUACUUUAUGUUUUCACAUAAAGGUUCAUUAAACCAUGGCUUAGUGUGAUGUAUUAAUCUCAACUAGUAGUUUAACAAUGGUUUGUUUACUGACAACAAAACACAUCCUAAAACCCUGGUUUGCUGUUGACUUACAAACCUUGGUUUGUUUUAGAAAUACAGUAAACAAAUGGUAGUUCAGUUGGUAGACCCAGGUGGCGCUGUGGGUUAAACCACAGAGUCUAGGGCUUGCUGAUCAGAAGGUCGGCGGUUCGAAUCCCUCCAAUGGGGUAAGCUCCUGUUGCUCGGCCCCAGCUCUUGCCCACCUAGCAGUUCGAAAGCACAUCAAAGUGCAAGUAGAUAAAUAGGGACCGCUCCGGCGGGAAGGUAAACGCCGUUUCCGUGCACUGCUCUGGUUCACCAGAAGCAGCUUUGUCAUGCUGGCCACAUGACCCGGAAGCUGUCUGCGGACAAACGCUGGCUCCCUCGGCCUAUAGAGCGAGAUGAGCGCCGCAACCCCAGAGUCGGACACGACUGGACCUGAUGGUCAGGAGCCCCUUUACCUAGUUCAGUUGGUUAAAGCAUAGUGCUGAUAAUGCCAAUGUUGCAUAUUUCUGCAGGGGUUUGACUAGAUGAUCCUCAGGGUCCUUUCCAACUAUAUGAGUCUGUGAAUCAAUCAAUGGCAAUUUCUCAUUUUUCCAGUCUUAAAUUCCAUUUUCCACAUCAGUUUGUGAUAUUUCUUUUAAAAGUCCUAAUGAAAAUUAUUCAUCAGUUUAGUAUGAAUUUCUCCUAAUAUACAUGUGAUAUAGGCAAAAAUCUGCCCUUAUUCCCUAUGCAAUUUUGCCUCACAUAGGUUAGGCAGAGGGGGCAGGAGGAUAAUCCAGGACCAGUGAUUUAUAGGGUUCUGUGCCACCUGUGGGGCAGGAGGAAAAGGAAGAAGUCGGGCAGUCAAAGAUGGGAGCAGAGGAAGCAGGGGAAGAGUUGCAGGAAGGCACAGAAGUAGAAGAGAUGCUCCCAGAGAUAGUUGGGCCAUUAGAAUCUCCUCAGUCCCCUCUCCCGCUGUCUCCAAGAUGAAGAUUGGCUUAAAGCAACAGGAGCAGCUACGCAGAAGAAGUUGCCAGCUGCUUGCACACACUAGGUUUAAAUGUGCUGAUGGAGGCGUGGUCACACUGUUGCUCUGGCUCAGAGCACAAGUCUGAAGGAGAUGCCUAGCUAGCUACCGUACUUAGCAGGAAUGGUGCAUGUGACUCUUGCACCACAGGUACUGAUGUAAUUGCAUGCUUUGGCAAUAAAGAACUAGACUUACAAUUGCAUGUCCUCAUCGGGUGCUGGGUGUGCUCAGGACAUAUACCCAUUUCGCAAGUCAGUUUUACCUAAUAUAAUCCAUUUAUGUAUGUUAUUUUCACUAAUGGGCUGUUUUAAAUGGUUUUUAAUGUUGUUUUGAUGUUGCAACCCACCCUGGGACAUUACAGUGGAAAGCAGGUAAUAAAACAACAACAACAUGACACACAUUUUACACACACUUUAAUAUACCAUAUGCAUUAUGGUACAAAUUACUUGCUUGGAUAACUGGAUUGCAAAAUUUUGAGAGGUGUGAACUUUGAAGGAUGGCUGUGUUUCCAUCUGUGUAUUGUUUUAGAAAGUGCAAAUUAAGUAGAUUCACCUUUAAAUGUGAAGUGAAAUUCCUAAUUUGUUUAAACUAUAGCUUUGCAUUGUGCAUGAACCCAGCACCUUUUCCUAACCACAGUUUCUUUAGGAACCUCACUGUAGAUGCUCACCAAACUACAAAGUCAUAAGGCAAGAGCAACUGGAAGACAAGACAAGCUUUGGUUUGUUUGGACAUUUGUGGGACAACUUGUGUUGUGGUUUGCUAAAUAACAUGUGGCUUAAAUAAACCAUGGUUUAGUGUUAUGUGUGAACCAGCCCACUGUCAAAUCAUUAAAGCAAUACUGCCUGGCAAUGUCUACCCACAGCCUCCGGCAGGGAAGCAUCUUCCGAACUAUCUUCUGGCAGUUCCAAGUUCAAUCCCUGGCAUCUCCAGGCAGAGCUAGGAGAGUCCUCUGCCUGAAACCAUGGAGAGGUGUUAAAUGGUCUGACUCAGUAUCAGGCAGCUUCCUAUGAUUCCUAAAACAAUAGCUCUACCACUGAGCUAUUGUCCCUCCCCAAAGGAGAGUGAUUUAACUAAUAUGACAUGGAAAAACAAACACUGCUUCUUGUCCAUCUCCGCUCGCCCUUUGAAAGAAGCAAUCGAAUAAACAAUCUAAACAAACUUCUGAAAGUUUCCUCUUGAGAAUGCACCAGCGCACUGCUCAGCCUUAACCAAGAUUGCUUUAUAUCAGUGAAUCAGACUAGGCUUAUCCUGACUGCCUACCACUUCAAAGCAUGCAGCACCAAUUGCAUUUUAGGCUUUAGAGUUUAAUCCUACACACCCUGGGCUCCAGGAAAAUAAAGCAAAACUCUUGUUUGCUUGUAAUGGAAGCGAUAGCAGUGCCAUUGUCCUUCAUUAUAAAUGAAAAAGCAGGAUGAUGUGCUCUCUAGAGCAGUGGUUCCCAACAGGUGGUCCGGGGACCCCCAGGGGUCCGCGAGCUAUGCCAGAGGGGUCCGCAAGAUGCUAUUAGAAUAAAAAAUAUCUUAAAUAUAUUUCGUAUGAUAACAGAUUUUUUGUUUUGGCCGCUUCCUGCAUGAGCAGAGUCUAGCGCAAAACUAGAAUUAGAUGAGGCAGUACUUCUGCUGUAUGCCGUUAGGUGGCGCUUUACAAACACUACUGUUUUACAAAGAGGCAGCGCGCGCAUUCUACUAACGCUCACCUCCCCAAGAUGCUUUGCGCGCGUCGGCUUCAUUUGUGCGCUACUGCGCAGGUACCCUGUCUUCUCCAUUCCCCUCCCUCCUCCCUGGACUCUUAUAAAAAGACUCUUAAUUUGGCUCUCACUUUUUAAUUUUAGGAUUAGGAAUUAAUGGGGGUCCUUGUCACAAUAGCGGCUCGAUGAGGGGUCCUCGAGAAAAUUUUGUUGGGAACCCCUGCUCUAGAGCAUGGAGGGAGUGGGGGAGACACCACUGGGAAAAGUGGAGGGGGGAUUCUGCAUUCCUUUCAUAUCACUUGUUAUCUAAGCAUUUAUUCUGAUUUAUUUGCAAGGGAGGUUAAGCAAUAUUGUGUCAAGCUACUUUUAUACUUUGCAAGUGAUUUUCUUGGUCACCUUCCUUACCACCACCACCCCCCAAAAAAACUUUUAAAAAGUGAGUUGUUUGUUGGGA